AUGAUGGCAUGCUCCCGAUCAUGUUCCCGAAUCUUGGGGGUCAGCCUGGGCAUCUCAGCCCAACUUGCGGCUGGUGCCAACCUUGCUCUAUUCUUUCCUGACUGGGAAGUCACCUAUCUGAAGAACGGCCUUAUAGGCAAGCAUGCUAUGAGGGGUGCAGGCCUUUGGGGAGGUGGCCUGAUGGUACUCUUUGCAUCCAUUCUCAUCACACUGAUAGGCUGGCGCUCGGGCUGCUUCAGUAACACUGGGCCCUGCAAAAGUAUGCUUGUUUCCGUGCUGGCAGGUUGCCUGGCUAUUUUCGGGGCCUUUGUCUGCUUUAUUACAUCUGGUGGGGCCCUGAAGGAUGGUCCCUUCUGCAUAUUUGAUGUUCCUUCAUCCAAUGAGACACGAGCCUCGAAGUAUGGCUACCCAUUUAAAGACCUGAAUGACAGGAACUACCUUUAUGACCGUUUCCUCUGGGAUUCAGUUUGCAUUGAGCCUCCUAGAGCUGUCAUCUGGCAUGUAAUUUUCUUCUCCACACUCUUGAGUGUCAAUGUCAUCCAGAUUCUCCUGGUAUUAGCUCAACUAAUCAACAGCUUCUUGGGUCUCUUCUGCGGCUUCUUUGAGAAGAGAGAGAUUUAACUUCCAGUCUGUGGCAGAGAGGCCCU